AUGUAAUAAAUACCUCAAUUGUAAACAAAUUCAUCAUCAAAAAUUUUAAACUACCCUAAUAUUCCAAAUAUAACAACAUUUCUCAAUUAAGAACAAUUUCUUAAAAAUGUUUAAACUAUUACGUCAGAACAAAAUACCUAAGAUAACCAAAAUUAUCCUAUAAUCAUACUUAUAUUUUGUGUUUUGAUACUGAUUUGUGUAUGUGGUGUCAUUUUUGAAGUUUCAAGAAGAAAAAAACUCAAAAAAGAUCUAGAACAGAAAUUAAUACAAGAGAAUUUGUGCUCUAUUCAAAAAAACAUAGUUAAAAUUAGUUAAAUCUAAGAUUCUAUACAAAAUUCUCUUUGGAAUCUUAAAACGAUCAAUAAUUAAAAAUGUAAUACAAAAUUACUUAAAUUCAAAACUAUAUAGGUACACCAUAAUAAACUAGAAUUAUAAAUUACACAAUAAAAACAAUAAUAUCUAUGGUCUGCUGAAGGAAAUAUUAUAAUAUAAUCUAAUUAAGAAAUAUAAGUCUAUCUUAGAACUUCUCUCGACUCUGAUUUAUUUCAGAUGAUCGAUUCUAUUGAUAACAUAUAUUUACUUUAACAAUAUAAAGGAUCUUUUAUUGAACAAGAUAAUAAGUUUUAAGGAAAAUGGAAAGUUUAUGGAAUUUAAGGAAUAUAAGAUCAGAAUUUUUUUGGAUCCUUUGAACUCUAAAAGAUAUCUCAAUGA